AUGUACGCUAAUGUCUGUAAAAUAUUCGUAGCACUUUUUGCAAUAGUCAGAGUGGACUCCAUAGGGAUAAACGGGUCGUUUACAUGUGGAAUCCUCCAGGCGUUGAGUGACCCAACGCGAGAUUCCAAAUAUAAGUUCGGAGGAGUAUUUCUACCAAAUUCUGGCAUAAAAUGGUACUGUAAACGGAAAUCGAUCUUAGAUAAAGUUGGAUUUAAACUGAGAAGAUUUAAAAACUCCUUUUUAUACAAUGACUGUGACAAGAAUGAUGACGGUUAUGGGAACAGUAUUAUCGAGGAUAUUGGUACCGAUAACGAGGCCUGUAGAAUAGUAAUAGUGAACCCACUGGUAUGUGAGCUACAAUUAAAGUGA